CACACAGUGAUGAACCAGCCCUCACAGAGAACCAGAACUCACAGUGAACCAGCCCUCACAGUGAACCAGUCCUCACAGUGAACCAACCCUCACAGUGAAUGAACCAGCCUCACAGUGAAUGAACCAGCCUCACAGUGAAUCAACCAUCCUUCACAGUGAAUGAACCAGCCUCACAGUGCAUGAACCAGCCUCACAGUGAUGAACCAGCCCUCACAGUGAUGAACCAGCCUCACAGUGAUGAACCAGGUCUGUUGCCAGGAUGGACACAUCUGAGAUGGAUUGAGCCUUUUCUUGCAACAAUAAUACCUAUGUUUAGUAUGCUUUAUUACAUUUACAUUGUUUUUUACAGCUUGGUGAAAAUUAAUAUAAUUAUUUCUGAAUUGAUUUGAAACAUGUAUUAAAUAGCUAUAUCUGGAUACCGACAAACUUUACUUUGAUUGAAAUGUUACGCAGAGAAAUGUCAUGAAUCAGCCUCCAACCUAAUAGACAUCAUAGGCUGAUUGUUUAUGUAGUCAAAAACGACCCAUUAGAACUGCAGAAUCCGAACUGCUGCUCAGACAAGGCUCCACACUAACACUGCCAGAACACCUGCUGGGUUGGGUGCGGUGAUCCAAAUGAGAGGGGCUGGAUUAUGCCCUCUUUCUUUUUCAGAGUUUAUUAUAAUAAAGGGUAAAAUAUAGUAUAGGAUAAAAGUAGUCUCUUUGAGCACGAGUUCAGUAUAUGAUCACUAGAAAGCACUACUGUAUAAAUAUUCCUUAUAAAAUCAUUGUACAGUUUAAACGAAGCAGCAUUGGUGCGGAAGCCAGACUAUAAUGAAAUAUACCGGUAUAUAAUAUAUUUUUUGUGUUCCUAUUUUUGUUCAAGUGUUUGUGUUAAUGUGUUUAUAUGUGAUCAGUUUUGUUAGUUUGUUAGUUUGUUUGCAACACAGCAUAAGCAGCCUUCCUAAACACAUUGAGUCAAGUAAUAUGUUAACCUGAAUUAAAUUUCUAAAGUUAGAAUUCAUCCAAAAUAUUUUUGAAUGUUUGAAUACUUCCGGCCAACUGAACCAUCUCUUAUUUCAAGCUGCUCCGAGGUUACAAUGGUUACAGACCAGACCCAUGGCUGCAGGCUGUUCUCAGGUCUGUCAUGUGGUAUCCAAGGUUACUCUCUGCCAGGUUACUGUUGGGCCGUUCAGUAGACAGACGCAGACCAACACACUGUUAUUGGCGGUUUAUCGAUUAAUCAAGAGUUUAUUCCAUUAAAGUGGAGAGAUCAGGUUACUGAACAGCUUAGAGGCGGACUGUGCGGCAGACCACAGCAUAACAAUGCCGGCUGGAGAGGGAAAGAGUGACAUGGAGCGUCUGGGAGUGUUUCAGGAGAUGGGGUAUGUAUCCAUCGGAGAUAAGUACAUCCCGGCCAGAUACAGUAAGUGGAUCGAUCUCCUGAGUAAUUUCAAAUCGUUCAAUGUUUAACAUUAAACAGGUAUUAAAUAAAUAUAGAAAAAAUAAACCAGAUAAUUUUGAAUUGCUAUAGAUUGCAAAUAAUUUGAAAUGAAGAAUUAUCUAUAUGAUGUAUUAACUUCUCAACGUGUUGUAAGGGUUUGCACUAUAGGUUGACAACUCGUUUUCAAAUUAUCAGUCUGAAUAAUCAGCAAUGUAGCAUUAAAAUAGCAAUUCAAAGAUAAAUUCCUCAAUGAAAAGUAAGAGAAGCCUGUGGCCGAGCAGCAUCAGCAGUUCUACACUCCUUCUGGUUCGGCUGAAUCUAUAUGUACUCUUACAUAUUCAGAGAACAUUGUUCUUGAGAUGUAUUCUCAUGAGACUACAGACUUCCUCUAAACUAAAGCUAAUGGUAUUCCUAAACAAAGAUCCCUUUAUCUUAACAACAAACAUUACAUUAUCAAUACAAUUGCAUUUUAAGUUGAAACACUUUUAUAAUCCAAAGACAUCAGCCAUGAAGGGCUGUGAUCCACAGAUCAGUGGUCCCACAUUAGGAUAACCCUAACCCAGACCCCCGCCCCAGGACCCUUCAACGAAGCGGCGGGGCGUGGCCGUCAGAUGCAGACGGGGGGGCCGCGACUGAGCAGCUCGCUGCAAAUCGGCUUCUUUGAAACCACCUUCCAGCGGAUCUUCGAGAGCGAGGCGCUGAACGAGCCGCUGAAGAGGGCACGGCAGCAGCGCCUCCAGCAGGCCCGGAGGCGCGUGGGCGCACUGUUCCUGCCCAGCGAUGGCCCCAAGCAAACCUGUGGUUCGGGCAGUUACUACGGGACUCUGUCGGGGCCAAUGAAGGCCAUGAGCACCCAGGCCGUCCCCAAGAAGGGCCUCCCCUCUCCCGGGCGCAACAUCUACACCUCCCCUCCCAAGAAGGGCGCCGGCUCCAGCUAUCCCAACGUCACCCUGUCCAAGACGGACCUGUACACCCCUGACCGCUACGACCGAGCCAAGGAACUCCUGCAGAGCGAGACAGGAACCAACCGUUCAAAGUUCAAGAGUGGUCCCUUUAAACUCCACCUCCACCCUAAAGACUAUUUCCAUGAAAACCCAUACUUUAGCAACAAGCCCAUCCCACCAGCGCAAAAGCCACUCCCUGCAACAAAACAAUUCUUGGUUCCAUUCAAACCUUCCUCCCCUACCAAGCAGAUAGGGGGCAUGAAGGCGGGGACCUUUGACCUCUACCCGUCCCAUUCGGCUGACCCCUACACGCCUGGCCGACCCAAACAAGCGAACCCUGGGCACCCAACGUUUUGGCCAGCUCCUGGUCCAAAGAGCUCCCCUGUCAAGAGCAUCGUAACCCUGAAUGUCAACAGAGUGGUGAACUCUACCAACUAUGCCGCCCCCAUCCCCCCCAUUAUGACCGUCUGAUGGACCUUAUGCAUGCGAUGCUGGGCAACAGGGGUCGACUCUUUUCCCGCGGCCCCUUACCACAUUUGGACUAUAGAGAACGUAAGAUGAAAACAGGAAUAUCUGUUGGUUAUUCUUUGCUACAAAGUGUAGUGAGUGGUCCAAUACAUCGUAAUAUCUGUUGGUUAUUCUUUACUACAGAGUGGUCCAACACAUGGGAAUAUCUGUUGGUUAUUCUUUACUACAGAGUGGUCCAACACAUGGGAAUAUCUGUUGGUUAUUCUUUACGACAGAGUGGUCCAACACAUCGGAUCACUUAGAUAAUCGUUUGUUGUUAUGCUCAACUGUACCCUGUUGACUUGUCGAGCAGAUGAUCUUAUUUAUAUUACAUGUUGCUUGUUGAGUAUAAAGCCAAAUACCAUUCAGAGUAAAGUAGA